AUGACAAGAUUAGAAAUUCUUGAAAAUAAUAGCAAAAGAAAAUUAUCAAUUAUCGAAAAAAUUCAUCCAGAUAAAUUAGGAUGUGCACCAAGUACAACAUUUUUAACAAUCCAUUGGGAUAAUCAAGAUGGUCACCACAAUAAUGAUGAUUUUUUAAUAUUAAGUAAGGGAAAACCAAAUAGUCAUUCAAGCUUUUUAAGAAAUCAAUCAUUUUUUACAAAACAUUACGAAGAGAAGCAUGGAUAUGCUGUGACAGAUCACCAGUUUGACGAAAAUCAAGACUAUCAUGCUGGUUAUUGUUCAAAAAAUAAAGAAACAAAAUCUUACCAUUUGGAAGAGAGUUUUUCAUUCAAAGAGUAUUCACAAUGGAUGUCGAUUUAUUGGGAGCAAAUCAAACAUAAAAAAGUUAGAGAUUUGGUUUUACCAGGCUCUCAUGACGCUGCAACCUAUGGCAUUCAUUCAUCCUCAGAACGAUCACCAGACUAUAGAUCGCCUUGGUUUGCUCCAAAUGCAGUUAUCAGCAAAUGGUCGAAAACUCAGAGUGCAACUAUUUACAAACAAUUGGUAUUUGGAGUACGAUACUUUGAUUUAAGGGUCGCACCAACCUCAUCUGGCGAGUUAAAAGUUCAACACAACAUGUUCUCAGUCCCCAUUACAGAGGUUUUAGAUGACAUUGCUGCAUUCAUUAAAGAUAAAAGAGAAAUUAUCAUCCUCCAUUGGAAUCACUUUAAUUUUUUAACCGAUCAACAACAUAAACAACUACAAUCACUCAUCAAAACUAAAUUAGAUGGUAAAAUGGCCCCAAGAGAACUGGGUGUUGAUGUUACAGUCGAGCAAUUAGAACAAACUCCAAUUAUAAAUAUAUAUGACGAUAGAUUCAGCGUAGUAAAAGAAAACACAAUUCCAGACCAAAUCGCCGAGGAGAGUUGUUUUUGGUAUCAUCACUCCUUACGUUCCGCCUAUGACUUUGAUCAAUAUCACUCUUGCAAAUCGGUAAUAAACUUUUUAGAAAAAGAAUUAAAAGAAGAACAUUCAACUUUUUGGGUACUACAAUGUGUUUUAACUGCAGACAAUAGACUAUCCAAUUUUUAUCAAUUAGCUGUAGACUCGGUAUUUGAUUGGACUAUGAUGGAAAUGGAUUCAUUCUUAAAAUUAUUUGAAAAAAUAGAAAAAUUAAAUAUAAAAACAAAUAUUAUUAUGACGGAUUUUGUAACAUUUUAUCCAUUAACUAGAUUUUGUAUAAAUCAAAAUCUAAAAUAA